CAAGCAUUGCACAUACUUUUUCAAAUUGUACCUUGAAGACUUGCAUUAAUUACUGAGAUGUUCUGAGUAGGUUGGCACCAUGCACGAGGACCACCUUCGUUAUGUGAUUGACAGGCCUGCAUAUACUCUCCCGGACUUUGACAAACAGUUUGACAAGAAGAGCCAACAGUUCUCUGCAGGAGACAAAGUGAAGAAAAAUUUCAGAUGCUCUGCGCCCAAACUGAAGGCGUUGUUAUUCCGACGCCUGCCGAUACUGAAGUGGCUUCCCAAGUACAAAGUGAAAGAAAACCUGCUUUGUGAUGUUAUCAGUGGGGCCAGUGCUGGUACCAUUCAGGUUCCUCAAGGAAUGGCAUUUGCUUUGCUGGCAAACCUCCCUCCUGUCAACGGUCUCUAUUCCUCUUUCUUCCCGCUCAUCCCUUAUUUGUUCAUGGGCACUACUCACCAGAUGGUUGUAGGUACAAUAGCAGUCAUCAGUGUUAUGGUUGGAACAGUGUGUCUUCAGUUGGCCCCUGAGUCUGACUUCAGUUAUUUUAAUGCCACUCUCAAUGCUACAAUCGUGGAUGUGGACAGGAUGAAUGAGUUGCGCAUGAGAAUAUCUGGAACCCUGGCUUGUCUCACAGCAAUCAUACAGAUCGGCCUCAGCUUUGUGCAGUUUGGUUUCGUAGCCAUCUAUCUGUCAGAAUCCUUCAUCAGGGGCUUCAUGACUGCUGCAGGGUUACAGAUCUUCAUCUCGGUGCUCAAGUACAUCUUUGGUGUUAAAGUGCCACCUUAUAGUGGUACACUGGCUACUGUAUAUACUCUUGUAGAUACUUUAAGGUUCCUUCCGCAGACCAAUGUAGCCUCGCUACUAUUUGCUCUGGUCAGCAUUUUUGUCCUGGUUUUGGUGAAGGAGCUGUGUGCACGCUACCGCCAUAAGUUGCCGUUUCCAAUUCCAAUCGAGAUCAUUGUUGUGAUCGUGGCCACAGCCAUCUCAGGUCCUCUUAAUCUUCCAGACAUUUAUCACAUAGACGUCGUGGGAGAAAUCCUUUUAGGAUUGCCAGCACCGAUGGCACCGGAGGUGAGUCAGUGGACUGACAUGUUGAGCACCGCCUUCUCUUUAGCAAUAGUGGGGUAUGUCAUCAAUCUGGCUAUAGCCAGGACACUGGCAGCCCGGCACGGCUAUGAUGUGGAUGCCAACCAGGAAAUGUUGGUGCUUGGCUGCUGCAAUUUCUUUGGGUCUUUCUUCCAAAUCCAAGUGAUCUCUUGUGCCCUGUCUGUCACUCUGGCGGUAGAUAGUGGCGGGGGAACAUCACAGUUUGCCAGCCUAUGUGUGAUACUGGUUGUCAUGAUUACGCUGCUCUCCCUGGGAAACUACCUGAAACCUCUUCCAAAAUCAGUGUUGGGAGCUCUGAUUGCAGUCAACCUGAAGAACAUGCUGCUUCAGCUAUCUGACCCCUAUUACCUUUGGAAGAAGAGCAAAUUAGACUUUUGUGUGUGGAUGGUGUCAUUCCUUACAACGUUCUUUCUAAGCAUACCAUUUGGAAUCGCGAUUGGGGUCAGCUUUUCCAUCCUAGUAGUCAUUUUCAAGACACAGUUUCGGAAUGGUUCAGCACUGGUUCAGAUCAUGGAUACAGAUAUCUAUAGAAACCCCAAGGUGUACAGUCAGGGUGUUCAUGUAACAGGUGUGAAAAUCGUGACCUACUGCUCUCCACUCUACUUUGCAAAUGCGGAAAUAUUUCGCCAGAAGGUCAUCAAAAAGACUGGAUUGGACCCUGGAAAACUUAUCGUGGCCAGACAGAAACUGUUAAAGAAACAACAGAAAGAAGAAGCAGAAGAGGAGAAAAAAAUGGAGACAGCGGCAAGAUGGAGGAAACGCAGCUCGCUGUUUCAAAUGAGGGUUCAGUCCACAUCUCACCUUGACCUGCAGGAAGACUUCAGCAGGACAGACGACAGUACAAACCAACCAGAAGCUCCCAUCAGCUACAUCAACAUGAGCUACAGUGCCUCUGAGCCAGACGAGCAGACACCCAGUCCCCCAGCAGACACACUGGAAUCCCCACCAGUGCCCUUCCACACCCUCAUCCUGGAUCUAUCAGGGGUCUGCUUCAUAGACCUCAUGGGCAUCAAAGUACUGAUAAAGAUGAACUCAAACUACUCACUCAUUGGCAUUAACCUGUACCUGGCUAACAUUCAAGCUCAGGUCUGUGAGGAUCUGGAGGCCGGAGGGGCCUUUGAUGAUGGCAAUAUCGCUCCUAGUAACAUCUUCCUCUCUGUGCACGAUGCUGUCCUCCACGCACAGCAACACUCAGAAGCUUCCCCAAAAGUGAUGGGAACAACAGACAAACUGUCUAUGCCGUUAAUGAUGACAUCAAUGCACUAUAGGAAAUAUGAGCGGUGGCUACUGAAGAGGACGCGAUUCAAAAAUACUGCACUAUAAUCUAUUAUCUGCAAAUGGGAAUCAUUGCCAGAAUGUGUAGUGUGCAUGUUUUAAACUCAAAUUUCUGCUUUUAUAAUGGUUGACUUUGUGGGUGGAUGCUGUCAGGAGUCUUUGGCUUCACCAGCAGGGGGCAGUGCAGACUUGCUCAAGCACGAGUUCAUCAAAUAGUUGGGGAGUGAUCAGGAAACAGGAACCCACUCCUCACAC